AUCACCAAAUUGGUACUCCUCCUUCUUAUUUUAGAAAAGAAAAUAAAUAAAAAAUGAGCGCGUGCGUGCACGUAACAAAAAGCAUUCAUUCAUUCUAUUGCCGUUUAGUUUUGCGGGUCGUCUCGUCUCUCCUUCACAUUCAUUUUCAGCUUUUAUUAAAACCGUAGCGCACUCACCAUUCUCAUUCUCAGAAACAACCAACUCAUAAAACCUGAAAAGCUUAUACAUAAAAAAAAAAAACUCACAAAUUCAAUCUUCCAACUAGAAAACAAAAACAUUAUCGGGAAACAUAACCCCAAAUUCUAUUCUAUUCUAUUCUUCCAGGUCAUCGUGUUUCACACACACAACAUCUAGUAUAUCGUAACAAAUGAGACAAUAUUAAAAAACCUUAGUACAUUAUACAACACCAAAUUAAUCCAAAAAUAAUCUUAGCUAGAUUAAUUUUAAUCAACACAAGACAUGGCGUCGGAAGGAUUAGGUGAUGAUUUCUUCGAGCAGAUCUUAGCAGUACCUGAAAAUGGAGUUGGAUAUGGAAGAAAUAUGGAUCAUAUUAGAGGAGUGUUACAAUUGGGAUCAACUACGACUACACCUUCUGCUGGUGCUGCUGGAAUAAUGCCGUUGGGGUUAAAUUUGGAACAAAAUCAUCAUGGAUUUCUCCGACACCAACAAGAUGCAACACGGUUUGUUGAUAACGUUGUUGAGAGUAACAUUACCAACAACAACAACAAUCAUCAUCAACAUCAACAUCUUCGUCUUCAUGAUAUCAAUAACACUUCAUCUUCACCCUCUUCUACUCCGGGAAUCACUGAUAGAGAUUCAAUGCACAUGAGGGGUUUGUUUUCAACGUUUGGACAAUUGCAUACUCCUACUCAUGCUCAACCUGUACGUCCCAUGCUCCCAUCUCCACCUCCUCAACCCCAACUCCAUCUUCACCAUCAACACCAACAGCACUUUCAGAGCCAGCAGCCAAAUCCAGCGUCUGUUACAGCCAUGCCACAAGCCCCUGGCAUCCGCCCUCGAGUACGAGCAAGAAGAGGCCAAGCUACAGACCCCCACAGCAUUGCUGAGAGGUUGCGUCGUGAAAGAAUCGCGGAAAGAAUGAAGGCAUUACAGGAGUUAGUUCCAAGUAUCAACAAGACGGACAAAGCAGCAAUGCUUGAUGAAAUUGUUGAUUAUGUGAAGUUUCUUAGGCUCCAAGUUAAGGUCUUGAGCAUGAGUAGACUUGGUGGAGCUGGAGCAGUUGCUCAACUUGUAGCUGAUGUUCCUGUUUCUGCUGUGGAGGGGGACGACUUAGAAGGUGGAGCUAACCAGCAAGCCUGGGCGAAGUGGUCGAACGAUGGAACAGAACAACAAGUGGCUAAACUUAUGGAAGAAGAUGUUGGUGCAGCUAUGCAACUUCUUCAAUCAAAAGCACUUUGUAUCAUGCCAAUAUCUCUAGCCUCAGCAAUUUUUCGUAUGCCUCAAUCAGACACAUCAACAAUCAUCAAGCCUGAAUCAAACAACAGCCACUCAUAGAAUGUUACUUCUAUUAGCUAACAAAAAAAAUAUUCUCAUCACAAACUUGACAUAAAUUUCUCCCUUCUUUUUCACAAGGUUAAUUUUUCUACUUUUUAUUUUUUCUAAGUUUUGUCAAACUAUAGAAGUAAUUUUCAUUGCUAAUAAUAAGUGAAAUUAGAGGAGCCUAGCAUGUCAUUUUCAUGUUGAAAAAUUAAAUAUUUUCAAUGACCUUAUUGAUAUUUUUUGUCCUAAAUAUCAAUGGUGGGGUUGGUGGUGUAUGACCAAAAAUAUUUUAUUUAUAGUGGAAGCUCCUUUUUGUUCAUUUUUAUUUUGAGUUAGUGGAAAGUGGGGCCAUUUAAACGGAAAGAAGGAUAUAUAAGUUUGUAAUGUAUCAUGUAUUUGGAGAAAUUUUAAUGCAAGUUGAAUUAAAAUAUUGUUCACAUUGAAAA